UCUUCUCGUCAAGGUAUACGAACGCGUCUUUAUUUACUCUAUCAUAUUUUUUUGUGUAUUUAUUGUAGAGAAUUUAUAUUAUCUAAAAUUUCAUAAAUUAUUUAACAUUAAUUAUAGUUUUAUUAUGAAAUAACUGUUUAAGUUAAAACCUUAGAAGCCCGUGCUUUACCUUCUAAAAAAUAAAUUAUACAUGAAUAUGUGACAAAAGGUUAUUAAUUUUAGUGAACAAUUGUAAAUUUUAUUUGUUUUAUUAGAAAAUAGUGAUAAACAUUGUAAAUAAACAUGGAAAAACCGAGGAACACUUAUUGUCGGUUUUGUGCGGAACAAAAAGCGGCUGAAAAAAUGUUAAAUCUGUUGAGUGACGAAAAGAAACUUGACGAAAUUUUGGUGAAGUUAAAUUUUCUAAACGCACGUUACGUCGAAGUAUCUAACACAGAUACGUUACCAAAAACUAUGUGUUUCGUGUGCUACGACUCCCUAAGCAUGGCUUAUAACUUCCUGGACCGCGUAAAGAGAGCACAAGAAGUUUUAUCAAACAUAUUUAGUGAUAACGAAAAAAAUGAUUUUUCGGACGAUGAUAAAAUGAUUGGUUUCGAUGAAAUGUUGAAUACAGACGCUGAAGACACAAAUACAAUCAAACAAGAAGUUACAGACGCGAAGAAACAGCCAGAUACAUGUUUGGAAGUCAAAAAAGAGCCGAAAGAUGAGAUUGACCAAAUGGAAACCAGUCAAGACAGCCAAUGUGAUCAAACAGUGAAUGUACAGUAUAUUUUAGACGCUGCGAUGUGUAAUGUACCUUUAGAAGGAACUUUGUAUGCAAAAGAAGUAAAAGAAGGCAGUAAAAGAUCAGUAUCAACAUGGAAAGAGUACCCUUGGUUGUGUGCCCACUGUAAUAUCGAAUUUCUCGAUAUUGUAACGCUACGUCUACAUUCAAAGAUGACACACGGAAAGUGUAAUGCGUAUGUUUGUAUAGACUGUGAUAACUACAGCGGAGGCGACUUUGAUUACUUUAUAAAACAUGUUAAAUUACAUAGAAAGAGAUUGAGAAAAAGAUGUCACUAUUGCGACGAAGCAGUGAAGGAAGACUCACUAUCAACUCACAUACAGGACCAUUUCCAAAAAAAUCAAGUAUCCUGCAACAUGUGCGGAGAAAUACUAAAAAACCACGAAUCUCUACAGAAACACCUCGGGGAAUACAGCACGGCGAAAGUUAAAAGAAAACCACGUAGGAAACGUGGAACGCCAUUAACAAUAGAAGACUUGACUUGCAAAUUGUGCAAAAAAGUGUACAAAAACCCGAAUAGUUUACGCGACCAUAUGAAGAUACACACUAAUGACAGAAAACGGAAUUACACGUGUGACAGAUGUGGCAAAAUGUUUUAUAAUAAAGGAACGCUGACAUCCCACAUUAUGGCUCACGAUCAAGUCCGUCCACACAUAUGCAGGAUAUGCAAUAAAUCGUUCCUAUUUCCGAACAUGUUGAGGAGACACGUCGAAAUGCAUUCUGGUGUAAAACCAUUUUCGUGCGAGCAAUGCGGACGAUGCUUCAGAUUACAAUACCAAUUAAAUGCACACAAAAUAAUCCACACAGAUUCUAUGCCACACGUCUGCACAUAUUGCAAUAAGGCCUUCCGAUUCAAGCAAAUCCUAAAGAACCACGAGAGGCAACACACUGGGGCGAAGCCCUAUUCGUGUAAGAGUUGCAGUAUGGAGUUCACGAAUUGGUCGAAUUAUAAUAAGCACAUGAAGAGAAGACACGGUAUGGAUACUUCAAAGAAAAAAAUAACGCCAGAAGGAGUGUUCCCAAUAAAUCCUCAAACUGGGGAACUUGUACAGUUUAAUGAUGCAGGCACGGAAGAGUGGAAAACAAAAAUUAUGAUACCCGGUAAACGGGGAAAGAAGAAAGUCAUGAAAAAAGAAGAGAUUAUUUAGGAAUAUUGGAAUUUUAGAGUUUUAAGACGAUAAGAGGCAAUAUCCACUUUGGGACUUUUUACAGCUAGGCUGAAAAUGUUAGUCCCAUAAUGCCCAAUAUCACAAUCGUUAUCAACAUUAUUCAUUACAGCCUAUACAGUCCACUGCUGGACAUAGGCCUCCACAAAUUUA